GGUAAAACCUCAUUUCCGGUAUCAACACGAGAGCAAGGGGAUUGCACGAGCAGGUCACUAACUAGAAAAGUAAACCAAAGACAAUUUUGAACAUCAAUAAUGGGACGAAGGAAGAAGGCAAACAAACCUCCCCCAAAGAGGAAGGCAAUAGAACCGCUAGCAACAUUGUUUAACUGUCCAUUCUGUAACCACGAAAAGUCAUGUGAGGUCAAACUGGACCGAGAGAGAAACACUGGCUUUGUCACAUGUAAUGUAUGCCUAGAGGACUUCCAGACAAAUAUCAACUACCUUUCAGAAGCGAUUGAUGUUUACAGUGACUGGAUAGAUGCUUGUGAAUCGGCCAAUCAAUAGCACCGGCUUACAUACACAUUGUUGGAUGACCAAUCAUUGAUGAGGAUAGAUGCAGCUUCAGGAAGAAGAAUGCAUAUCUUAAGCAUUUGUUUCAACGGUAUUAAUUUUGGAAAGAAAGGCACUUGGUUUUAAUUGUGAUGUAUUGAUUCUGGAAAGAGCAUAUGCUAAUGAGGAAAAUGGUAUUGCAUAGGAAUUCUUAAAUUAGUUUUGUGAAGCCAUUCCAUGUUCUCAAGUGAUUUGUUAUUGAAUAAUAUUAUGUUUGGUUAGUGGAAUCAAUUUGACCAUUGUUGAAGUUUUUUCAUUGGUCAAAUACUCAUCCACAACCCAAAGUAUGAAAAGUGAAUGUGUAGACAGUAUAUACUACAUACCAUACAUACUUCAUCACGAUUGAUAAAAUUCUACAUCACAGAACAAAAGUCUGUAUAUUAUAAGUAGGUACAGAAGUAUUGAUGUUAAAGGAAACUCUUCAUCAUGUUGUAAUGUACAUUGCCAAGUUGUCAUGGUGAUAAUUUACUUGUACAGGUCGCAGUACAGUGUAUGUGAAUAUUGGUGAUUUUGAUGUAUAUUUCUAGUUAAUUAUACUGUAAAGAAUUUGUACAGUAUGUUAAUGAUUUAGGUGCUUCAUUACUGUAAAGGUCGUUUUUUCUAUGAUUAAGUGUUUUGCAGUUUUACGUAACAUUGUGAUUGGAUUAAAAAAGUGGUUUUUUUUAAGAAAAUUAUGGAGAGUUUCAAACUUUUCUCUAUUUAGUUUAAGGCACAUACAUUUUCUAAGAUUUUAUCAUACCUUUCAAACAUUGUAAAGAUGAAACCUUUGGAAAUAACAUUUACAGUAAACCCAUUCCCAAUAUGAGUACCAAUAAUUGAAAAAUUCAAAAUUUUAAUUUUGAAUACAGAAAAAUGAUCUGUUGUGAAAUUUUAAAUGUAUUUGAUGUAUGUACUUGAUACGUUAAUCAUAUUUUUGAUUAGUGGAAGAUGUUAAAAUUGUUUAUGCAUGUGUUUAAUUUGGCGUCGUUUUGUGUGAGAGAGAAAAUAAUGUGAUUUUAUAUUUUUUGCCAAACAGCUGUCAGAAUACCUACAUUGUUAUGAUCAAUGUCUUUUGAAUUUCGAAGUGACACUUUGACGUCAGGUUGUUAGAAACCUUUUAAUGUCAUAUAGAUUAAUAAGGAAAAAUUAAUCUUAACAUGAAAUUAUAUAUUUGAUGCAUGAAACAGCAAACAAUACUUAAACAAAGGUGAGGUAAAAUGGGCCUGCUUCAUACCAGUAACCUUUAUUCCAGUCGUGUAACGCACACUUACCCGCCGGGUGCUGACCAAACAGGCUUUGUUUCACUCUAGUGCAUAGAGACCUGUCACUUUUUUGUGUUGAUCAAAUAGAAUUUUCAUUUUUUUUUAUUUUUUUUUUUCAAAAUCCUUUGCUGAUAAACCUUCAUAUGAGUUUCCCUGCUGCCAGUAUGUAAAAGCCUCAACCAGACAAAUGCAUUGUUAUAAGUUAUUUUCUACAUCAAACUUUAUGUUGAAAUGUCACUUUAAAUAACUGCUCAGUUUCAAUGUAUAAACUUGUUGUUUGUUAUGUGUGUGAAUGACCAUCCAGUAAAGAGUGUUUGAUUCA